GCAGGACUUUGUGCACCCACAGAGCUUGCAUGCAGCCGCCAAACAGAUGCCCUGUGAGUGAGUGAAUGAAUGAACGGAUCCGGUUUUCCCCGACAGCUGAUGGAGGUCACAGCUACUCCCAGAAGUCUCCGCCUAAGUCAGACCCUGUCCAGGAGCUCUGGGUCCAACUUCAGAGCAUGGACCUUGAGAGGGAGCAGGACAGCCGGAAUGUCGUGUGUGGCAUCUGCAUGGACAAGGUGUGGGACAAGCCGGAGGGCCAGCGGAUCUUCGGCAUCCUGCCCAACUGCCCCCACGCCCACUGCUUGGGCUGCCUGCGCACCUGGCGGAAGAGCCACCAGCACUUCCCGCUGGACGUCAUCAAGGCCUGUCCCCAGUGCCGUGUCUAUUCCAGCUACAUCAUCCCCCACAAGUUCUGGGUGAGCGAGGGGGCCGAGAAGGAGCAGCUCAUCAGGGACUUCAGGGCUCGGACCAGCCAGAUCCGGUGCCGCUACUUCGCGCGGGGGGCUGACCGCUGCCCCUUCAAGUCGGACUGCAUUUACCUGCACCAGCUCCCCGACGAGGCCCCGUCCCCGGCUCCUCCGGCUCCUCCCCGCCCGUCCUGGAGUCCUCCCGGCCCAGACUGCAGGCAGCUGGCCCCCGGGAGUGAGAUGGUGCUGGGCCCCACAGCGCUGCACCCCACGUACCCCACAGCGCUGCACCCCACAGCGGUGUACCCCUCAGCACUGCACCCCACAGCGCUGCACCCCACAGUGCUGUACCCCUCAGCGCUGCUGGAGGACCAGAUGUUCCUGGAUUACAACCUGGCCACGGCCUUCCUGGGGUUAGAAUCCUACUGGAUCGCGCCAGUUCCUAACGGCGGGCUCCUGUGA